UUUUGAAAUUCACUCAAAUUCGAAACCGGAAAUAUGAGAAAGUGUUCAUUUUGUCGUAGCAUAUUUCUGGAUUUGUGAACAAAUACAUGUCUUUUUUUCUGACACGAUAAUUUUGCGAUGUCUAAUCAAAAUAAAGUUGGACCAGCUUUGCCACCGACGAUGGGAAAAAGCAAAAAUUAUGAUUCAGAUGAAGAAGGCGCAAUCGUAGGUCCAGCUUUGCCUCCACUGUAUAAAGAGUCCUCCAGCUCAUGUGAGGACAGUGAUCAAGAGGAGGUCGUGUUCAAGAGAGCCAAAUACUCAUCAUCUGGGAAACGGCCUUCUUCAAACAACAGAGGCAUCAUGAAAGAUGAGAUGGAUAUAAAGCAAACUGACAAACAGGAGGAGGAGGAGGAGGAUGAUGAUGGUUUCUUUGGUCCAGCGCUUCCCCCAGGAUAUCAAAAGCGAGCCAAGUCACCGGAAGAGCCACCUUUACUAGGACCUGCACUCCCUCCAGGAUUCAAAAAACAAGAUCAUGAUGAAGAUGAAGAUGACGAUGGUCCAAAAGAUGAUACCAGAGGGUUUUUAGGACCAGCUCUACCCCCAGAAUAUCAAAAGCAAGACAGAUCUCCUGAACGACCGCCUGCAAUAGGACCUGCUCUACCUCCAGGCUUUAAAAGACAAGUUGAAGAUGAAGAGGGGGAAAAAGAAGAUGCCGAAGGAUUUUCAGGACCAGCUCUACCACCAGGUUAUACUCCAGAUUUGUCAAGCAGUGAAGAAGAAGAAGAAGAUGAUUAUGUCAUUGGACCCAUGCCAUCAACAGGACCGUCUCAGGACUCCGUGGCUUUGGACAUUGAAAGAAGAGCUCAAAGAAUGAAAGACAAACUUACAGGAGUGGAUACUGGCCCCAAAGUUGUCUCCAGAGAGAGCUGGAUGACAGAGUUGCCUCCUGAGUUGCAGCAUGUGGGCUUGGAAGCACGGACCUUUAAGAAAAGAUCAGGUCCUGAAAACAAAGACCGCUCAAUCUGGACUGACACUCCCGCUGACCGUGAGAGAAAAGCAAGGGAGCGACUAGAGGCUAAGGAAAAAGGUGAAACCACCAAGGAUGAUGGACCUCGCCUGUCUCAGAUUGAGCUUGAGAUGGCUGAAAAAGUUUCAAAAUAUAAUGAGACCAAGCGUGGUGAAUCUCUCAUCAGUCAGCACGCUAAGAAGAUGAAGAGAAAAGCUGAGGAGGAUGCUAACAAGCCUGUGGAGAGAAAACCAUUCGACAGAGACACGGACCUCCAAGUCAAUCGUUUUGAUGAGGCUCAGAAAAAAGCUCUGCUCAAGAAGUCACAAGAGCUGAACACCCGCUUUUCACACAGCAAAGAACGCAUGUUCCUGUGAGGGACGUUAAACGCAUUUAUCUGAUGUUGUCAAGGACGUUGUACUGAGUUGGAAUCCAUUCAUCAUCAAAACAUUAUGAGCCGUGUUGAUAAUUAUAUGUAAAAUUUGAACUGACUGUUCCUCCUGAAUUUGCUUUUUAUAUACCAAUAUCUAACUGUAAGAGUUCAUGCAUUAAAAAAAAUCUGUGGUUUUGUGGCUUAUAAAAGUUUUUAGGCCACCUUUUAUUUUUAUUAAAAACUGAUGAGUACUUUA